UCGUCAACGCCGGUUGGUUUCAGACUUUGAGUUGGUCGCGUCCCACUCGCGCGCGCGCGCAUUGCCGCCUUCCACCCACAGCACGGCUGCCCAGCAGCACGGAUGUCAUCCGCAAUGGUGGACGCCACCCUCGCGGCGCCUCCGCUAGACCACACCGCCCGCCGCCGGGCCCGCCCCGCCGCGCUCUCCAACGCCAACGCCAACGCUUGCGCCGGCGCCGGCGCCGUCGCCGCGGCCCCCAACAAGCCCAAGGCCAGGACAGUCGCCUCCCGCUACCUGACGCCCUCCCCCAAACCCACCUCCAUCUCCUCCUCCGCGUCGGCCCCUGCCUCGAGGCCGCCCGCCUCCACCGAGCGGUCGCGGCCGCCGCAGCACAUUGCCGUCGCCACUUCCGACGCCGCGGCUUCCUGCGGGAGCGCCACCACGACGACGCGGACGCUCGCGGUCGCGUUCCAGAGCCCGGCCUACUACCUGGAGACCAGCAGGGCGAGGUCCGCGGAGAAGAGGAGAUCCGGCGCCGCGGGCGCGGCCGCGCGGGCCAAGGUGUCCGACGCCAGCCAAAACACGUACCGGUGGCCGGCGUCGGCGACCCCGCCGCCGUGCGGGCACGACGCCCGCGCGCCCGCCAAGAGCCCCGGGUACUCUGCCUCGGGCAGGAAGGGGAGCGCCGCCGCCAUCUUCGGCGCCGUGCGGGCGGCGGUGCUCCACGGGACGCCGCGGCGCGCGUCGGUGGACGGUGCCAACGAGUACCUGCUGGCGCUGUCAUCCCACGACACGGACAGCGCGUCGUCCGGCGGGUCCGGGGACGGCAUCGCGCCCAGACGCAGCGUCGGCUCUGGGCCGCGACCGUCGCCGAGGACCGCCAUGAGCUCCUCCGCGCGGUUCACGCGGGACGCCAUGGGGAUCCACUCCGAACGCUUCUCCUCUGGAACAUUUCCAGCGCCGGCGCCGGUGAAGAAGAGGUCGCUGUUCAACGGCUUGCUGUCUUCGGCGUUCAGCAGGUCGUCUCUUAACCAGCCGACGACGAGCAAGCCGGUGGCGAGCUCGUUCAGGAGGACGGCGAGCCCAUCCCCGGGCCGGCGCUCCACCGACGCGCCUGUCUCUGCCGGGAACAUGCAGGGCAAGGCUUCUUCUACCGGCUGCGGCUUCGACGGUGGUGACACGAUGAAGUUGAAGCCCCCUACGGCGAUCAAGGCCGAGGAGGAGCACCAGCUGAGACUACGCUACACCCAGCAUUUGCAGUGGCGGCUCGUGAAUGCGCAUGCCGGCGCCGCGCUUUCUUUGCAGACCACGGCUGCAGAGAAAACCUUGAGUGGUGCAUGGAUUGCCAUCCUGAGGAUGCGCAAAUCGGUCGCCAUUAGAAAGAUGCAGCUACAGUUGCUUCGAAACAACUGCAAACUCAUGGAAGUUCUCAGAGGACAGAUGAAAUACCUGGACGAAUGGUCCUUUUUGGAGAGGGAUUGUGCUCAUUCUUUAUCAGGAACAACACAGGCCCUGAAUGCCACCGUCCUGCGCCUUCCUGUUUCCGAUGGAGCAAUGGCAGACAUUCAAGGGAUUGAAAAUGCUCUUAGAUCUGCAGUUGAUGUCAUGCAUACUCUAGGAAACUCAAUUACUGCUAGACUGCCUCAGUUAGCCCGGACGAAUGUCUUGGUAUCUCAGCUCUCCAGAGUUUUCGUUCAAGAACACAUUCUGAUAGCACAGUGCAGAGACUUGCUGUCAACACUAGCAUCAAUACACGUGAAGUACAGCAGUCUGCAAGCUCAAAGGAUACAGAUGAACCAAAGAAGGCAUCGGCAUUUUCAAUAGUCUCGAGGGCUCUCUCAGGCUAUACACUUCUCCAGUCUCCAACUGCAGAAUGCGGGUGUGGUUGGUAAAAAAUGAAACUUUGUUAAGUGCAGUAGUAACCGUUAGGAACAAUGUAUUGCUUUUGUAGCCCACCAAAGCACCAAAGUGUGUCAGAACUUUAUAUAUAGAAAUGCAUGA